AUGGAGCGGACGAAUUCCCGAAGGCGCAAGGCUGUCCCUCCCGUCGUCGAAAGCAUCGGCAACAACUCUUCUGAGCAGGAAGUUAUACCACCACAACCGAAAUCAGCUUCUGUGGGCUCUAGUAUCUGGGACGUUUCACGCCGACCAUGGACCUGUCGUCCUGCUUAUAUGAUCGUCAUCCUGCUGAUUUUUGCCAUCACCGGGAUAUUGCUCGUUGGCCGACUUCAACCUAUUCUUCAAUUUGUUAGCACUACUGGAUAUCUAAGACAGCAUAAUGACGCGCCAGUAACCGUGCCAGGAGACCUACGAGUCAUCCUUCAUCCUGAGGAGCACGUCAGCCGUCCACCUACGACACUGGUGUACAAUUGGACAAUCACAAAAGGUCACCGGUGGCCAGAUGGUGUAAGCAAGGAGGUAUACCUCAUCAAUGAUCGAUUCCCUGGCGAAACCAUUGAAGCUAGACCCGGCGAUCGUAUCGUUGUCAACGUUGUCAACCAACUCAGUCAUGAAGGUCUCGCCCUCCACUGGCAUGGGUUGAGAAUGGUGGGUGCCAAUGAUAUGGAUGGAGCAGUCGGCCUGACCCAGAAUCCAAUACCAGCAGGCGGAAGUUUCCGGUACGAAUUUUCCAUCGGUGAAGAAGAGUUCGGGACUUUUUGGUACCACGGCCACGAGAAAACUCAGCGAGAUGAUGGAUUGUAUGGCGGACUUGUGGUUCACCGCCCCUUUGAGCAGCGCGACGAGCAAAACCACUAUGGUUAUGAUGAGGACAUUUUACUCAUGGUAGGCGAUUGGUACCAUCGUCCAAGCCAAGAUGUCUUGAGCUGGUACAUGAAUUCGAGAUCAUUUGGAAACGAACCUGUACCGGAUUCUCUUCUGGUGAACGGCAUCGGCAAUUUCAACUGCGAAAUGGCAGUACCGGCAAGGCCGUUGCAGUGUCUUGCCCCGGACGAGCGGUCUCAAAUUCCUUUACUGCCGCUCAUGAAUGGCAAACGCACUCGCCUGCGUCUUGUCAACACGGGAUCCUUAGCUGGAUUCUCGAUACAAAUAGCAGGUGCUAGUUUGCUGCCAUUUCAAGUUGACGGUGGAAACGAAGUGAUAAUGACAGAAGCCCACGGCAUUGGCAUCGUCUAUCCUGGGGAGCGAGUCGAUGCAAUAUUGCAAACUCGAUCUUUGGAUUCGCAAUCCUUUAUCGAGAUUAAAAUGGAUGACGAAAACUUCAAAUACCCAAACCCGGCACUCGAGCUUAGGCAGAUCUUCCCCGUUCAGAUUAUGUCCGACACCAACAUUGAUGUGCGGUCGUCUCUAUCUGUUGUGGAUUACUACAACCUACAGGCAGCCAAAGCAAGUGCAAACACGCGAGUUGCUUUCUCAGAAACUCCUCUCAAAUUUGUCAUUUACACGACUACGCUGAAGUUGGCAAAGCACCACAACAUUCCUAUGGGAUUCAUCAACCACACGAGCUGGUCACCGCAAUUAUCUGGUCCAUUGAUAUCCAUCUCGCGUUCUCAAUACGACCAGAAUCAGCUUUCGCCUCAUAUUCCACUGUUUAGUAAAGACAAAGACGAAGGCACAGGCCACAAUGAGUCUGAUGGUUGGGUGGAAGUCGUCAUCAAUAACCUGGACGAUGGCGGUCACCCCUUUCACUUGCAUGGAUAUUCAUUCUAUAUCGUGUCCGUCUUCCCUCGACCACCAGAAUGGACAAAUAAGAAGCCCCCUUUUACGCCGGGAGGCUCUAGCAUGUACAACUUCAAUCCAUUCGCGACAGCACCGCAAGAUUCGCCUGGUGGUGAGUACAACUUAGUGGAUCCGGUCAUGAAAGACACCGUGUUCGUGCCUCAAAGGGGCUAUGCAGUCAUACGUUUCCAAGCCGACAAUAAAGGCAUAUGGAUGCUGCACUGUCAUGUGGGUUGGCAUCUGGGAAGUGGAAUGGCUAUGAGCUGGGACAUCUCGUAG